AUGACAGAUCGACCGUGCUCUAGGCAGAGGCAACAUUCAGCCUCUGCAAAUUCUGAGAGUUCUUACAGUGGGAGUGCAGAGGAGAGUUCUUAUAGUGGAAGUUCAGAUGAGAGUUCAGAGGAGAGUACACGCAUCAUACCUGAUCCACCCAUGUCAUGGUAUCCUCUAGGUAGCUUGCCUAGUACAUCAUCGAGUACUGGUUCAACACAUGACACUACUGCUGGUCAUAGUUCGAGAGGCCCAACACUCAUGCAUGGUAGUGAUUGGAACCCAAGUGGUGGCAUUUUACAUAUUGUGCCUAAUGAGUUGAACCAAGUGGUUGACGGGUAUAUACCCUUGGCUUCUCGUUUGGGUGUUUUAGCUCGAGAUGGGAACCUUAUGCCCCUCACUUAUAGAACUUGGAGUCAUGUACCAAAGGAAAACAAAGAGAGAAUUUAGA